CUAGUAUUAAUAUUUUCACUUGCACGGCACAUCGCCCACUUCUCCUGCUCUUUUCUUGCAAAAACUUAUGUAUUUUCAAAUUCAAUUCAAAAGCAACCUCCCCAUUGCCAACACAAAACGUUGCUUCUCCUCCUCUUUGUAGACGCAGAUUUCUAAUUCAUUUACAGCAGAAAAAAAUUACUCUCUUUUUUGUAUGUUUUCAAAAUGAGCUUUGAAGAUCUUGAAUCAGGAAGCUCAUUGUAUGUUCAAGGAGGAAGUGGAUCAUGGGAACGACAAACAAAACAAGCCAUCACAAAUCCUUCUGCUUCUGAUAAUCGUCAAUCCAUAGUAGUAAGUGUGUUUCAAAUAAACACAGCUUUGACGAACUUUCAACGACUAGUUAACACGCUUGGAACAUCCAAAGACACUCUUCAACUCCGCCACAAGCUCCACAGUACAAGGCAGCAAAUUGGGGAAUUGAUAAAAGAAACUUCAGCUAAGCUUAAGAAAGCCAUUGAAUCAAAUCGACAUUCUCAAUCUAGUGUCACCAAGAAGAUCGCCGAUGCUAAGCUUGCUAAGGAUUUCCAAUCUGUUCUUAAAAAGUUCCAAAACGCUCAGCAACUUGCAGCACAGAGAGAAGCAGCUUACACUCCUUUCAUCUCCCAGGAAAUUAUUUCAUCCAGAAGCACAGAGAUUCAAAUAAGUUCAUCGAUCAGUCCCGAGAGCGGUUCGACCCUUCUGGAAUCCAAAAGACAGGACGUCGUACAACUGGAACAUGAGAUUGUUUUUAACGAAACCAUCAUAGAAGAAAGAGAGCAAGGAAUGAUAGAAAUCCAGCAGCAGAUUGGUGAACUGAAUGAGAUGUUCAAGGAUUUAGCCCUAUUGGUCCAUGAACAAGGAACUAUGCUCGAUGAUAUAAGUUCUAAUAUUGAGAGUUCUCAUGAUGCAACUGCACAAGCUGCAAAGCAACUUACCAAAGCAUCGAAAAUCCAACAAUGUAAUUCAUCUAUGAGCUGCUUGUUGUUGGUGAUAUUGGGGAUCAUCCUGCUAAUAAUAAUUGUACUGGUGCUAGCAUAAAGAGUUUUCCUCCAAGUUACUAAAUUGAGAUAUUGUAGCUUUUUCAUCUCUCAAGUGUAUGGGUUCCAAUUGUUCUACCUGCAUCAGUCUGCUAAUGUAGAUAAUUUGUACAUCAGUAUGACCUUCAAGGUACAGAUGUACAGUAAAACAAUUUUUAGACACCGGGAACUAUCUGUGUUCAGUGUGCUACCACAUUUUGUCUGUUGUACGUAAUCUUACCUUUCAUUUCUACAAGAGCUUA